GCAGUCUGGCAAGUCUGCCGGCAACUUAUCGAUAACUUUGUUGUUAUUUAAUUAUUUUUAGUUUGGUACAUUUUCAUUAUAACUUUUCAAUUAUGUUAGUAAGAAAACUGUUGAGUAUCCGCUUUGCUCCGGUUGUGCGCCGCUGGGCCAGCACUGAUCCUCUCAGCUUGCAAAACACAAAGAUGCAAGCAUACUUGGAAUCCCUGCGCCAGGAAUACUACGUCCUUCGGGUGAAUGCCGCCGGAAACAGCAAGUUGUACGAACGCCUGGCUCAGUUGGAGGGAGUGGUCACCGCCUUGGAGCAGCGUCGAGUCUUGGAGCGUAAUAUAACAAGUGCAAAGGACUUGGAGUUGGAGAAGGAUGAGGAAAUGCGAGAACUGAUGCAGGAGGAGAACAAAGUCUAUGCCGACCUGUUGGCCAAACAAGAGCACACGCUGCUGCGGGAACUCCUUACGCUGGCCGAUGACGAGGCGUAUCCUGCUCUCAUAUUCGGUCUUAAUGCCGGAGCCGGUGGACAGGAGGCUAUGUUGUUUGCCCAAGAGCUGUACGAGAUGUACACCGGCUACUUUGAUCACAUGGGCUGGGAGUACGAGGAGUUCGCUCGCGAGACCACUGACAUUGGGGGCCUGCGCCAUGCCAGCCUAAUGGUUAGCGGAGAUGAUGUCUUCAGCUGGCUGCGCUACGAAGCGGGGGUCCAUCGGGUGCAGCGAGUUCCUGCCACUGAAAAAAACGGACGCAUGCACACAAGCACCGCCUCGAUCACCGUGAUUCCCCGCCCUGCUGAUGUCCAGGUGCAUAUAGCAGAGAAAGAUCUGAAGAUCGAAACAAAGCGGGCCAGCGGAGCUGGUGGCCAGCAUGUUAAUACCACGGACUCGGCGGUACGUAUUGUACACCUGCCCAGCGGCUUGGCUGUCGAGGCUCAGUCAGAGCGAUCACAGCUGAAGAACCGGGAGCUGGCCAUGAAACGUCUGCGGGCACGUCUCGUGCAGCAGCAGUUGGAAAGCGUGGAGGCCAGCAAGUUGGCCACGAAGAAGGCGCAGCAAGGUAGCCUCAAUCGCAAUGAAAAGAUUCGCACCUUUAAUUUUGUCCAGGAUCGCAUCACCGAUCACAGGAUUCAAGGCGGCACAUUGCACAACCUCGAAGGUUUCCUCAAAGGCGGCGAGCAACUGAGCGGGCUUAUAGAGAAGCUGCAGCUAGAGCACCGUAAGGACCGACUAAAGGAUCUGCUGGAGGCGUGGCAGCCGCCCCAGGAGGCCAGCAAUCAAAGCUAGAUAGCUUGUUAUACGUUAUUUGUUUUACGCCAGCGAUUAAAAUGAAGAAUAUAUUAGAAAUAAUCGAAUUAUAGCUAAUUGUGGAUGUUCCACUUUUAAAGGAUACAGUUUCCUAGUAAAAAACUCGCAUUUAUUUUGGGUUAA